AUGUGUGUAUCAUAUUCUUUGCGGUUUUGCCGGUGGGACGGCUGCAUAUAUUGCCUUGGCGAAACCUUUUUCCGACGCGGUUAUCUCAACGACACCUCACUAUACCUCCUUCGACAUCCACCCACACUUUCGACUCAUCCACGUAGCGAUGAGGUUGUAGGUGGUGGAGACCGAGACCUUUCCCCGAUACGGUCAGCCUGCUGCGCCACCCCAGACCUCGCGCUUCAAACGGACGAUCGCUGGGUGAAUUGCGAUCUCAAAGUAAAGGUUACAUGUCACCACAUAUUGGCUAGCGUGCAGAUUGACCACAAUCAAGACGAAGCACCUUCUGGUCAUCUUACGACGCGUCGAACGCACUCGAAACCUCAAUUUGUCGCUGCAAUGUCGGCGUCCGGGCAGAGUGCCUUCUCUGCUGACAUGGUGACAUCUCCUACCAUCGAAGUUCGCGUUGGCAAAGGGUCCGAAUUGCGAAAGUGGUAUCUCCCUCGAGACUUACUGUGCCGGACCUCGCCGUACUUUCGCGAAGAAUGCAAGGACGACGAGCACCAGAAGCUCAUCAUAAUGCCCGAGGAUGAGCCCGAAAUCUUCGAACUGUUCAUCCAGUGGCUCUUCAGUAAAGGAUAUAGCUUCAACGCGGAACCUCUUGACGAUCUCGACACGCCUCGUGCUGAAUCUAGUGAUGGCUUACUGCUGGGGACCUACAAACCAAGGACGAACAUACAUGACAUUCUCUACGUAUGCCGGAACACAGCGCCGGACUCGAUGCUUUCCAAGUUCUUGAGGCAUGUUGUAGCCUUGGGCUGGAUGGGUUGUCUCUCAUUCGACUGUCGGACCCCAGAGGCGUUCAGAGCCUUGGAAAAGCUCUGCAAAGUCGAUGUCACAGCGCGAUUCGUGGCAUGCUUGCUCUAUAGCCUGUCCUUCGACAGAGAGAAUAUCGAGGCAGCCUUCAAAGUCGGCCGGAGUGCCUAUUUCGAACACACCGACGCUGUCAAGAGUGGCCAGGUUACUGCCCGACCCGGCCAAGACAGAUUAGGUCGCGGAGCACAGUCCGGGUAUCAACUAAAGCACUUCGCUAUCAAGGACACAUAUCUGGCUGGUCCAGACCUGACUAUGAUCUACAACUCUGAGAUGAAGUGCUAUUACAUCCGGCGCGUCAGUUCGGGUACUGUCACAACCGUUGGUCAAAUUCAGCCUCAGACAAUCAUCGAGAGACUUGGAUGUGCUGAAUCACGCAGCCUUCGACUCUAUACAAACUUCGCUUUCACCCCGAGACAUUGGUUUGAUCUGCAAUUCGAUGAUCAAGAGGGUUUCAACAACGUCAUAAGUAGUCUUCCUAGCAAUUGUCUAAAGACUGCGAUGACGAGCAAUCAGAUGACGGAAAUCUUCAAACCUUCGCCUUUCUUCUAAAGAGAAAAGUGAGAUUAGCCUACCGGGCUAUCAGCCGCGGAGGAGCAAUUCUCGAAGUAUCAUCUAGUCAUAGCAGACUGGAUGAAAGAACAUUUCCUGUAAGAUAUACGUUCGAGCUCGUUGCUCAGCAUAUGCUUGGGAAGAAUGCGAAGAGCGGUAUGGCCCCCUUUAAACAUAGGCAAUCAUCUUUAGCAAGACGUGCGAGACGGCUGAGGUUGAGGCAUCGCGAAAGG